AUUUCUCCAUGCUCAAACCAAAGGCUUCAUCUACACUGCAGUGCCGGACCUCCUCCCCGAAAAGCACCCAUAGUCUACUCGUCUCGACGACUAGGAUUCGGCAUCGGCUCGCAGUUUCAGUAGUGCAGGCUGCUUCUCAGAUUCCCACCUCGCCCUUCCUCCGUUCCACCUCUCCCUUCUUUCUAUAAAAAGGUGUCUUCCUCAACCCCCGUCCACCUUUUGCUUCGUGCUCGCCUUCCUAAAGCCCACGCUGCCACCUUCCCCUCUUCCCUCCGCUUCAUCUUCUUGGCCCCGUCCGCUCGUCUUCCAGCGAAUUCUCUGCGCCAUUAGCCUAGUAUUCGUGCCCUUACGGAGAUUGGGGCUCUCAAACGCUACUGAAAUGGGGAAUCUCUUCUCUCAGAACUGUAGGAAAAAACAUGUCGAUAGGUUCUCUAUGAGGGAGCCCAAGAAAUUUGUGGCGGAGCAUUCCUCCGCUAUGGGGGAUGAUUGGGAAUUCAAUCGGGCUAUCGGGGAGGAAUUUUGCGAGAAGAUUGAAGCUCCUGCGAACAUGCUAAAACUGCAGAAUAUCCCUGGGUUAUGGGAAAAGCACUUCAAGGAGCUCAAUGAAGUUUUUCACCCUCUGACAGUUGAAGAAGAUGAAAAGGUUGUUCAUGCUCUCGAAUGUGGGAAUAGUUGGGAAAUUCUUGUUACACAUAAACCUUCAAAUAUCAGUAUUACGAGGGAGGUUUUGCAACGCUUGAGACCCAAUGCUUGGCUGAAUGAUGAGGUUAUUGACCUUUACCUUGAGCUUUUGAAAGAGAGGGAAGAGAGAGAGCCCAAAAAGUUUUUGAAAUGCCAUUUCUUCAGUACAUUUUUCUUUAAAAAGCUGAUCGGUGGGGGGAAUGAGUAUGAUUUUAGGUCUGUGAAGCGCUGGACCGCACCUAGUAAACUGGGUUAUUCCCUCAUUGACUGUGACAGAGUCUUUGUUCCCAUACACAAGGAUAGACAUUGGUGUUUAGCAGUUGUCAAUAUCAAAGAUGAAACUUUCCAGUAUCUUGACUCCUUGGGUGGCAUGGAUACUUACGUUCUAGAAGUGCUGGCAAAAUAUUUUAUGGAGGAAGCAAGGGAUAAGAGUGACAAAGAAAUUGACACAAGAUUCUGGAAGAUAGAAUUAGUGGAUGGCCUUCCUUUACAAAUAAAUGAUUGGGACUGUGGUAUGUUCAUGCUCAAGUACAUAGACUUUUACAGCAGAGCUUUGCCGCUGUGCUUCACUCAGAAACAUAUAGCUUAUUUCAGAAAGAGAACGGCCAAGGAGAUCCUUGUACUGAGAGCUGAAUGAAAAGUGGUUGCAUCAACUGUGCAUAUUUUACCACCUACAAUUUGGUAUGUUGAAGCAGUAUGGCUCGGCAAACUGAUUUAGGCUCCAGUUGGAUGAUGUAUGAUUUUAGAUAGAAUUUAUCUUGCUGCAACUCAUCCUUGGAGAAAAGAGAGAUUUGUGUCUGUGCAAUGAUACAUAUGCUUUUGCAUAAAGGGAAGUUUACAUUACAUACCACACAAUUCUUAUGUAUUUACAAAUCUAACACGCCAAGUUUGAUAUUUAUGU